AUGGUCAUCAUUUUUGGUACUCUUCAUGUUAACAAUCUUGCCGACAACCUCUUUCUUCACGGCUUGAAGAAGCGAUGUGAUUUGGUUUUUAUUAAGUCUCUUAUCAAUCCCCUUUACAAAAUCCUCGCAGCCUUUUUUCACAGCCUCAAUGUUCGAAGUGAUGUCAUUGGCGCUCUUUUCUUGUGUAACCUUUUCACCGGCUGCUUUUGCUUCGCUGUGAAGCUGCUUCUUAAUCUGGUCGAUAAUUUCGUCACGAAAGAUCUUGUCAAAUGUGAUAUCAUCGCCCAGCACCAUCCUCGUCCGGCCAUCAUUGACAUGCUGUUUAAUCCACUCGCUAAACCACUCCACAACCCUCUGUCUUUGCUUGCCCAAAAUGCCCUGCAACCAACCAUUCACAAUUUCGUUAAACUGCGUCCCGUCACUCCCGGUGAACGCAUUGAAAUAAUCCUGCACCUUGGACUUAAUCCCUUCCAGGCCUUGGCCACCUUUAUUGUCCCAACCUGUACCUCCAGUCCCCUUAAUCUUUUCAACUUCCCCUUUAAUAUGAUCGAGAAUCUUUUCCAACUUUUUUGCAUUUUCCCCGCUGAGCCCAUCAAACGUCCCGCCAAGCCCCUCAAUCGCCUUGUCAACUUCACCGACUUUCUGGCUAAGCGGAGUUUGGAUAUGAUUAUCAAAAUUACUGUCAAGGCCAUUCACCGCUCGCUGAAUUGA